AUGAAGGACCUUGGCCAGAUCGCAAAAACGAUUGCCAAGUACGAACCUGUCAAGAUUCUGGCACGGGGGGACCCUGUUUUCGUCAACGAAGCCGAAGAUCUACGGGCGGUGAAGUUCAACUUCAAUGGCUGGGGCAACGAGCAGGCGCAUUCUUUGGACAACCGUGUGGCCGAGGCCAUGGCCGAUCUUGCAGGCGUGGAGCUGGUCACUUCUUCGACUUCUUCGCUCGUCCUGGAAUGCGGGGAGGGCUCGAGGUCGAUGGAGGCACUCCUGGGCCUUCGCAAGAUCAUCUGGUUGCCAGGGAUUGCUGGGAAAGACGUCGCGGACGGCCACACGGACUUCUUCGCGUGCUUCGCGAAGCCCGUGCCCUGGAAGUUGUCACUCUUCCCGUCGAAGGUCAGGACGAAGUCGGAGGACUGUGCAGCUGGCAAUGCGCAAUCUUUAUGUCCUG